AAAUAAGAAGAUAAAAUAAUGAGUUCAUGCAAGUCUAAAAACUCAUCAGCAAAAGAACAAAUCAUCCAUGGAUCAAAAACAGCGCAUUCAAAAUCUCCACAUGAAAUCAUGAAUGGAGGCACUGGUGAAACAAGUUAUUCUGCAAAUUCAUCAGUUCAGAAGAAAGUUAUACUCAUAACCAGGCCAAUAGUGGAGGAAGCAAUAUUGGACAUGUUAUCAAAGUUGUAUGAUAGUACUGCCAUCUCUGCAGCGACAUCUAAGCCGCGGAAGACUACUAUAGGCAUAGCAGAGUUAGGUUGUUCUUCGGGACCUAAUGCCCUGUUAGUCAUCUCUCGUGUGUUGGAAGCAAUUUACGACAAACAUUGUGAAUCUGGCACUAUUACGCCUGAGAUUCUUGUGUUCCUUAAUGAUCUUCCGGGCAAUGACUUUAACACCAUUUUUAAAUAUGUGGGAAGUUUCCAAGAUGAAUUAAUAACCAAAGGAGAUGGUUUUGGACCAUGUUUUGUUGCUGGAAUGCCUGGUACAUUCUAUGGUCGACUGUUUCCUAGUGGCACUCUUCAUUUCGUCCAUUCUUCCAACAGCCUUCAUUGGUUAUCUCAGGUUCCAGAAGAGAUUAAGAAGACUAAUAAGGGAAACUUUUACAUCACAAAAUCAAGUCCUGCAUCUGUAGUUAAGGCCUACUUGAACCAAUUCAAGAAAGAUUUCAGGGUGUUUCUAGAGUGUCGUUCUGAGGAAUUAAUAGGAGGAGGAAGAAUGGUGUUAACACUUGUGGGUAGGAGCAGUUCGGAAGAUCCUACUAGUAAAGAAUGUUGUUCCUUCUGGGAACUAUUAUCUAGGUCAGCCCAUGACAUGGUUUUACAGGGAGCCAUUGAAGAGGAAAAUUUAAACUUAUUCAACUUUCCUAAUUAUUUUCCUUCUCCAGAAGAAGUAAAGUAUGUAAUUAAUAGUGAAGGUUCAUUCACAAUUAAUCAACUAGAGACAUUUCACGUGAGUUGGGAUUGUAGUGAUCCAAAGGGAGAUGAAAAUUCAGUGACAAACAAGUUAAGAAGUGCCUAUUGCAUGGCUAACAUCUUCAGAGCAGCGUCAGAACCCUUACUGGAAAAUCACUUUGGGAAGGAGAUAAUGGAUCAAUUGUAUGACAGGUUCAGGGAGAGAAUGGCAGAAUAUGCAACCAAAGAGAAAACUGAGUUCACCAACCUAGUUAUCUCCAUGACCAAGUAAGGGUCAAAAACUACCUAAUUCUAAAAUAUUAUUGUAAACUAGAAAAAGGGAGAAUGACACACAAAGUAGAGGGGGAGAAGAGAGAGAAAUUCUAUUAAUAUGUGUGUGUUUAUAAAGGUUUGGGACUCUAUUUAUAGAGUUUACAUACUUUGUGUUCAAGUAAUGGGGUCCCACUAAAAUGGGCAUCUACCAAAUAAACUUCUGUUUAUAACA